CUUCCACAUUUAAACUUCUAAGUACUUUAAUGUUAGAGUUUUGCAUUGAUUAAACAUAUCGGUUGUGAUUGCUGCCAUUUAUCUACCAAUUUUUGAGAUGUUUGAGGUGGCUGUUGUCAAAAAAUAAUUAUUACAUAGAAGAUGAAUUGUCCAGGGAAAAAAAAGUACAUAAAUUUUUGGUUGGUUGUGCAUCAAACAGGAGAAUGCAUAGCACCUCUGAAUUCUUACUUUUCCUUGGAGCUGGUUAGGCUCCCCCUCUCCCCCCAAAUCACUGUCUUCAAUCCAACACGAGGUGCUCUGCUCCUUUCUCACUCUCUGCUGUGUCUUUCCUGCCUCUCUGCUGGUUCAGUUUCUCACGUGGCUGAUGUAUGCCAUUCCUGAUUGCUUUGUUCAGUAGGAGAUAUGUCAAAGUACUAGCUGUGACUCAGUUCAAACUGAAACAGCAAGCUCAUGAGUUAGUUUUCUAGCAGACUGGACAGGUAAUAGCAUCUUGAAGGGCUUUGGGGAAAAAAGUACAGAUUCAUAAUCACACUUAGUAAUAUAAUAAGUGCUUAUACAACUGGUAGUGAAGUAAUAAAAGUGCUGGCAGCAGUUAAUGAGAAGCACUUCUCCAGUGUUGUUGCUGACAUUGUGCCAAGAGGUGCACUGACCAUCACAUUUUGGUAUCUAGAACGUUAUCUCAGUACAGAGAAGUACUGUUUUGUUUUUUUUUUCCUUAAAACUUCUGUAUGAAGUCCAAGAAUAAGCUAGUUUAUGUCACUUGCCUCAGGAGUUUUCUUUAUUUAGAGUAUAAUCUCUUAAUAUAAUGUUAGAAUUUAGUAAUUUCAAGAUGUUUAUUUGAUUCCUUUAAGUUGGUACGUGAAAUAGGAACACGGUUGUGUUCAGUGAGGAGACCUGGCUCUUCAGAGCAGCUUUGUGUAUCACACCUAUUAAGAGCACCUUUGUUAAAGAGAGUAAGUGGUUAUUUCUGUUACCCCGACGUAGAUUGAAUUGUUCAGCAGCUGCUUACAAUCACUGUUCUAUGAAAUAUAACCCCCGGUAGUGGGGUACAAUCUGUUACAAGGACUCAUUCUUUUUAAAUUUAUUUUUUAUUAAACAGUUAAAUCUCAGUUUGGUAGGUUUGUAUUUCUAAUUCAGACUCAAAAAGAUGUUUUUCUUUCUUGCCGUUCGGCUGCCCUGUUCUGUCACGCUGUGCUCACACACCAUAGGCUUGUGAUGGCCCCAAAGGGUGGGAGCAGCUUCUGGCCUCGGCUUUCCCAUACCUGGAAGGGAACUGCCAGCUUAAGGAGCAGAACACUUUAUUUUAUAAGCAGAGCAAAUGCUGUUGUGUAUCUCCUUGUUUUAUAGACAGACAGGUGGUGAUUAAAGGGUUUUUGUUUCGUUUGUUUUUCCUUUCGCUCCUCUAAGCAUGUAGUUAUUUUACUCUUCGCUAACUGAACGCGUUCUCUGCUGGAACAACAAUUCCUUCUGCCUCCUAUUGACUUGGCCUGGCUCUAGUCAGACCAGACGGGGCGGUAAGGGAGGGCUGGGGCCACACUUGGGUCUGGGGCUUCCGGUCCUCCCGCCGAGCCCGCUCUCUAUGGUCGGCGCGGCUAGAGCGUCGAAGCGCUGAGAGAAACUCUAUGGUACCGGCGCAGCGGAGCGGCUCGGCGCGCGUGCGCGGUGCCCGCCCGCUGAGGAGAGGAAGGCGGGAGGCGGUGACGGCGAGGUGAUGGCGACGUUUUUCGGAGAGGUUGUGGUUGCUCCUUCCCGGGCCGGCGUGGACGAUGAGGAGGAGAUCGAGGAGACGGCCGAGGAUCGCGAGAUCCGUAGGGAGCUGCAGGAGAAAAGGGAGAUCGCCGCGUUCUGGACGCCGGGCGCAGCGGGGAGGCCUGCCGAGGAACCCCUGCCGUGCUCCAGGUUCAUCGUCGCCGUAGGACACAACGCUGUCGCUUUUCUGUCUUCUUUUAUUCUGGAUUCCUUAUGUUGGAAAGUAGUUGGAGCUGUGAAACUGUGGAAUGAGUGGUGCCAAACAACCAAUGCAACAAGUGUCCUCCCAACAGAUUCUUUCUGCUUGUUCUAUCAAUUAAUAUCAGAUCCAACAGUUUUGUUGUGCCAGUGUAGUUGCUAUGUUGCUGAAGAUCAGCAGUUCCAGUGGCUUGAAAAGGUUUUUGGCCACAUAAGAAAGGAAGGUUUACAAGUAACCAUUCUUUCAACGUGUCCUGUAGCUGAGUAUAAAACUCAGGAAUCCACUUUGACGCUUCCGUCUCCAUUUCUGAAAGCCUUAAAGACGAAAGAAUUCAAAGAGGAGCUCUGCUGUCCACUGCUGGAGCAACCAAACAUUGUGCGAGAUCUUCCUGCUGCUGUUCUGAGUUACUGUCAAGUAUGGCAGAUUCCUGCAGUACUGUACCAGUGCUACACUGAUAUCAUCAAACUGGACACGGUUACAAUUGAGGCAUUCAAGCCUCUGCUUUCUUCUAAGUCCCUGAAGAAUUUAGUCAAGGAUGUAUCCGAGAGCACAAAGAUUUUGAAGAAGUUGCUGACAACUGUUGAAACUCACAAUAAUAUCUAUAUCUAAAGAGGACACUUACAACACGGAUGACACUUGUUUUUAUCUCCAGUUUCUUCCAGAGAGGGCACUUUGGAAUUGUAGUUAUUUCUUCAGAAGUGGAAUAAAUUCUACUUAAUUUUUACUUUUGAAUUCA